CGAUAACAUCUUUUGUGACAUCGACAUAGCAAAUCCUACACAAAUUCAAUCAUCUUUUUUUUUCUUCGAUCGCUUGGGAAAAAAGUACUAGAGAAAGCGCCGAAACCGCAGUAUUUCUUCGAAUAAUUAUUGAAUUGUUAAUAUAAAAGGACGACUUUUUGACUUUGCAUUCGUCUCCAAACUUUUGUUUUAUCGGGUGUUUCCGUUUAUAGUCACAACACGAGAUUCAUCGUGAUGUAGGCCUUAAAAAAAUCGUUGUGUUGCUGCCGCUGGCCUCCGCUCCGGCCGCGCCGGUUGCACCGUAUCGUUGCCGUGUGUGUGUGGGUUUUUUUUGGCUGCAUAUUGAGGAAGGGAAUGUUUAGCCUGAUGGCGAAUUGUUUCCAGUGGAUAAAAAAGAAGCGAGAACCAUUCAAGAAAGUGACUUUGGCGCUUAUUGGUCUCGACAAUGCUGGAAAAACAACAACAAUAUUGGGGAUUCAAGGAGAAUCGCAAGAAGACGUGGCCCCUACCGUUGGCUUCUGCAAUGUCCAGUUCAAGUUUGAGAAGUUUGACGUCACCGUCUUUGACCUCGGUGGGGGCAAGAAGAUCCGUCCGAUCUGGAAGAACUACUACGCCGAGAUUCAUGGCGUGGUCUUCGUGAUUGAUGCGAGCGAUGAAGCCAGGUUACGGGAGUGCCAAGAGGUUCUACAAGAAGUUUUGAAACAGGAGAGGAUCGUUGGCAAGCGUAUUCUAAUCCUCGCCAACAAGCAGGACAAAGAGGGCGCUCUUGAUGAAAUUGACAUCUGCGAUCAACUCAAUCUAGAGGACAUGGUCAACGACAGUAAAUGUCCGUGUCGUGUGGAGACGUGCUCGGCCAUGCAGGGCACCGGCAAGAAGAUGGACAAGUCUGUGUCUGUCGGACUAGAGUGGCUACUUCACGGCAUCCUCAGGGAUUGGCCCACGCUGAGCGCCCGCAUGGCCAGGGAGAUGGAGGAACAAAAAGAAGCUGAAGCUAUCGAGAAGAAAGCUAAACUGGAACGGAUACGAAAAAGACGAGAAGAGAGAGAGCGUAAAGAAGAGGAAGAACGGAAACGUCUUGGUCAGGAUGCGCCGCCGGAUGAGGAUGAGGAAGAUGUCAUCAUGGGAGAUCCCUUCAAGCCUGUCAACAAGGAAUACUUGGAUGAAAAGAGUGAACAAUCCAAAAAGCAGAAAGCCAAGGAGAAGAAAAAGAAACUAGAAUUGGAAAAACUGGACCAAGAAGAGGAAAUAACCAAAACUAAAGACUCUGGAGAAACGGAACAGUCGCCCGAUGCAUCUGGACACUCCAAGAAUGUUGACAGGACUGUGGAGGUAGAGGCGAGAUUGAGAGGGGUCUCACAGAACAAUGGCAUGAAGGACAGUGGUGAUGAAGAGACAGGGGAGGGGCGGGGCCAGAAGGUAUCGGAGGAGGGGGUAACGGCUGCAUCAACGGUGCAAGAGGAAGGCGAUGUUGUCUCACCUCAGGAAAUCCCCGAAAAGAAGAAGAAGAAGAAAAAGAAGAAAUUAAAGAAGAACAACAAGUUGGCACCGUUACCCCUGGACGGUCCCAUUGAAGGAAUGACUGGUCCCCUGCCGGUGCCCUCAUGGGCGUCCACAAUGAACCAACGACCCCUCUCGCGACCCCCUCACCAGCCCACCUUGGACCCCCUACCGGAGCGAAUCAGUCCCAGAUUGAGCCCACUGGAAAUGUCCUCACUAAAUGGCAACAAGCUAGUGGGUAUUUCGUCAAGAAGGAACCAGCCGAAUUUCGAGCAAGAUGACGACGUGAUUACAUGACGGAAGAAUUCUUCACUGGACUCCAAAAGUACUUAAGUAGGGUUUUGAAGAAGCCUUUCGUUGCCAUGGUACGGUUGCUAGGAGACUGCCCUAAAUGCAAUUCAAAUUACUUUAUUGACGAUUUUGAUCAGUUAAAUGUAUUCAAACUUAAUUAAAGAAAACUACUAUAAAUGAAAUUGUCCAAUUAUGUUCAGAAACACAUCUGGUACAGUUCAGUCCAAUUUUGACCUGUACUUUUUUAACCAAAGACUUUAUUAGAUAUUCUGUUAUUUAAGGCAUUUUGCCAAAAACCUUGAUUGGUUACCAGCUAAAGUUUAUCCUGUACAUAUAACCUCUGGCUGGUAUUCUGCCUCUGUACUGAGUUGUGUCAGCUUCGUCAUUGGGAGUUUUCGGAACAGUCGUCGAAACCAUCUCAAAUCUAUGACCACAAAUUGCUGGUAUGUAAAGGUUAUUUGUUUUGCAGCUUUUAUUGGUUACCGGCUAAAGUUGUUUUCAGUACAUUGCAACCUUUGGUUGGUAUUUAACUUCUGUACAUAGGCCAAGUUCGCGCAAGGACUAUAGUUGACCAAUGGUUAACUAACGCUUGCCCGAACUCUGUCUAGUCGACGGUGGUUGACUACGCUAGUCGACUAUUUGGAACCAGCCUACUGGG